AGGAGCCCGAGGAGGGCGGCGCCGCCGAGCACGCGCCGGCGCCGCCGGAGGGCCCGCCGCCCCUGCAGACGCAGGUGGAGGCCUGCUUCAGCGACGAGCACCUGAGGUGCGACCGCCAUUUGCAGGAGCUCAUAUCGGACAGCCCGGGCGGCUGGGUCGAUCUCGAGGCGGUGCUGGCGCUGCGCCAGCUGCGGGGGCUGCGCGCGCGGCCGGCCGACGUGCUGCGGGCGCUGGCGGGCUCCUGGCUGCAGGUCUGGCGCGACCCCGACGGCACCUCCGCCGCGCUGCGGCGCCCGCCGGAGCGGGGGCCGCUGCCGGCCUUGGAGGCGCCGGCGCCGGCGGCGGCCAGGCGGCGGCAACGGCCGGCCGUCGAGGUGGCAGGCGCCGCCGUGCCGGCGGACGCUGCGCCGGCAGCAGGGCAGGUGAUCUUACCCGGCCGGAUGCGCGGCACCGUCGUGCACUUCGACGAGGAGGCAGGCAGCGCCUCGAUCUCGUGUCAGCAGACGCAGGCGCUGUUCCAGAAGCACGUCCACGCGGAGUGGCGGGAGCUCGAGCAGGCGGGGGCCUCCGACAUCGGCGCCGCGGUGUCCUUCCGCGUGGAGGUCUGCGGAGCGGGGGGGCAGCCCCGGGCUCGCGAGGUGCGGCUGCUGGAGGAGGCGCCCGCCGAUCUCCAGGAGCAGCCCGAGGGUGCCGACUGCGAGGGCGACGGCGCCGGUGGCGCCCGGCCUGCGGCCGGGGAGGGGGCCGAGGACGACCGGUACACGGGCCAGAUCAAGUCCUUCCACGAAGGCAUCGGCGUGGGGUUCAUCUCCUGCAGAGCGCUGCGCGCCACCUUCGGGCGGGACGUAGCCCUGAACCAGGAGGACCGCGCCGGCUUCGGCGUCGGCGACGCGGUCUCCUUCGCGCUCGACGUGGACGACGUCGGCACCCCGAAGGCGACGCGGCUCCGGGCGGCGGGCGCUUCGGUGCCCGCGGCGGCGUCGGCGCCGACGAAGCGGCCCGCGCCGCAGCCACCCGCGGCAGCGGGCGCGCUGCCGCCCAAGCGGAAGAGCGACGCGGUGGCGGUGCCGUCGGGGAAGCGGCAUAAGGGCUUCGUGCGGUCCUUCGACGAGGCGCUGGGCGUCGGCAGGCUCGCCCGCUCCCUCGCGGGGGGCGGCCCCGAGCUGCCCGUCAGCGCGGCCGAGCUCGCCGGCUUCGCGGUGGGGGACUGCGUGUCGUUCGCGUUCGGCGCCGACCCCGCGGGGCGGAAGCAGGCGGUGGACCUGGAGGCGGAGGAGGCUCCAGACCUCCUCGCGUCGUGGCGAAAGUCGGGCCGCGGCGGGCUUUGGGGGGCUCUUUUCGGCCUCGUCGGGGCAGAAGCCGGGCCCCGGGGCAGAAGGCGACGGAGCCGGUCCAGUCUCCAGACCUCUGUGGGUCCACGUGACAGGCAGGCUGAGGAUCGGGGCGAAUCGCUCCAGUGCGGUCUGGAGCGCUCUUGAACGGCAGCGGCGCCCGAUACCAGAAUUGCCGCCGGAGGAUCGAUCUUCGGGGGCAUCGGCUGGCUGAGA